CAGUCCCUCCCAGUCCAUCCCAGUCCCUCCCAGUCCCUCCCAAUUCCCUUCCAGCCCCCUCCCGCCGCCUCCCUCGCUCCGUGGCCGCCUCCCCGUGGCUCCUUUGGCUCCCGUUCCGCGGCUCCGUCCCCUCCGACGCCGUCUCCAGCCCCAACCCUCGCUCCGGCCGCCCGGAGUUCGUUUGCUCCACGCGCGCCCACGGCUGCAACCUGGGCUCCUUCGACCCCUCCCGCGGCCCCUUCUGCUCCUACGCCUGGGCCGGGCGGGAGCUGCGCAGCUCCGACUUCCAGCUGCUCCUCAACCCCGCCGGCUUCGAGGCGCUGGCCUGGGCCGACGCCUCCUUCGGCUCGGCGCCGCCGGGCGCCGUCCAGGGCUGUCCCCGCAGCGAUCUCUUGGUGGGCCGCAGCGCCGAGGGGCUGGGCAAGGUGUCCAAGGAGCAGCAGGCGCUGUUCGUGGCGGCGGAGGGCGAGGAGGUUUGGUACAAGUGGUACCAGGUGCUGGCGGUGCGCCAAGGCGCGCUCGGCGUCUCCAUCGCCGACGUCGCCUACGAGGCCGCGGCGGCGCUGGAGAGCGCCGAGGACGCGGAGCUGGCCCAGGUGCUGGAGAGGAACGAAGGCUGCGGGGCGGCCUCCACGUGGGUGUCCCUGCACGAAGCCACCGAGGCCCGGCGGGGCUGGAGCGCGGAGCUGCCGGCGCUGGCGGCCGCUCGCGGCGUUCUCCACGCGGCCCCGGUGAUUCUGGCGGAGCCGCGCGGGUGGGAGUUGGGGAACGUCAGCACCGUGCCCUGGGCGGGCGGCGCCGCCGUCACCGAGUUCGUGUCGCGGCUGCACCGCGUCCGGCAGGAGAUCCCGGCGCACUCCGAGUGCUCCGUGGUUCUGCGAGGGCUCCGCAGGCGGAUCCGGGUCCCGUUCCGGGCGCGGGUGACGCGGGAGUUCCGCUCGGGCCCCCCGCACCGCGUGGACAUCGCGGGGACGGCGUGGAGCGAAGGCGUCACCGGGGUCCGCGCCGAGCUCGGGAGGUGCCGGAGGAUGGAGGAGUUGGGGCCCUGCCCCGACUGAGGGUGAA